UAUUUAUAAAUGUAAUUCCAGCAAAUAUGGCUAUAGGCCUAUUCAUGUCAAGAACUGGUUAAUCUACAUACAAGUUGGGGAAAGGACAAUUUGGCAUCACGGUUGACUGCAAUGUUUACCAAUGCACACAUUGGCAGAAACGAGUCUGCAUGAAAUUAAUUAAUAGUUUAGAUUCCUGUCAUUAUUACUUUGUUACUGUCAUUAUUGUUUUGUUAUAUUAUUACUUGAGUGGUGGUUGCAUUUGAUUGUUAUUACUGUGAAGAUGUUUCUGACUGGCAAUACAAAUUUAGGGCUGCAAAAUGAAACUCUAAAUUUAAAAGUCUAACCACAAAAUGCUGCAGUUCCUGUUGGCAUUUGGUCUUGUGAUUAGUACUUGUAUUUUUAAGGGACUCAAGAUGGGAGUUUGGAGAAGACGAUAACAACAAAAAGAAUGCAGAGUUUUCGUCUUUCAAACUCAAUACAAUGAACAUGACAUUUGUAAAACUUGCUGUUAUUCACAUAUCGGUUCUUUACAUUUUUCUUCCAGUUGGAAAUACUUGUGGUCCAUAUGAAUACAGAUCUGGUCAAGGGUUAUGCUGUCCUAUGUGCAAUAAGGAGGACCUGAAGAGAGCAGUUCUUUACAUUCUUGUCACAUUUGGAAAUACUUGUGGGCCAAGUGAAUAUAAGUCAUCUAAAGGGGAAUGUUGUCCGAUGUGUUAUAUAGGGUCAGUGGUCUACCGUGAAUGUAGUAAAAAUGUUAGCACAGCAUGCAUACUAUGCUCUCCAGGAACUUUCAUGAAUGAACCCAAUGGCCUUUAUGAAUGCAUAACAUGCAGAAACUGUAGUAAAAGUCAAGGUCUUUACAUUCAGAUUCAAUGCAAUACAAUAAAGGACGCCGUCUGUGGUGUGCUGGAUGGUUAUUACUGUGUCGAAUACUUCUAUUCACAUUGCCAACGUACUCAAAAGCACCGUGUUUGCAAUCCAGGACAAGGAAUAAAAACACCAGGAAUGAAGAGGUCCGAUACAAAAUGUGAGGACUGCCCUUCUGGCUUUUACUCUCCAAUGGGUCUAAACUGCACCAGAUGGACGAAUUGUGCAGCUAAAAAUGAGAUUGAGAUAGAAACUGGCAGCUCUAUAAAAGAUGUCACAUGUACACCGAGACGGAGCAGAUAUGGUCUCUAUAUAGCAGCUGUACCUGCAGCUGUCACAUUCAUAUUAAUUUGCAUGCAUCUAUUCCUGAAGCCUGGGAUUACACGUAAGUACAUGCAGGGUGCAUCUGAAUUGAAUUUGUAGCUAAAUUUAGUCUGAGUGAUUUCAUUUAUGGUCCGUUUUGGUAACAGCUAAUCUAUGUCUGAUUUAACCGGUGAUUAAAAUUGUUAAUAAUUUGGUAUCUUCUCGAAUUAAUGACUUGAUGUCAUCCUGCAAAUUUUGAGAUCAGUUGAUUCAACUUUAAAAAUUUAACCUAAAUACUUAAGAGUUUUCAAAGAGAAUUACAAUAUUGUGUUUCUUUGUACUACUGUAGUUGUUUUUAUUUUCACCUAACAAAUAAUUUGUCUCUUA